AUGCCUUCAAACACCGCAAUCGUUGUCCAGAAGCCUGGGGAAGCCAAGGCAGCUGAAGCCUCAAUCCCCAAACUUAGAGAUGAUUACCUCUUGAUCAAGACCAAAGCUGUUGCUUUGAACCCAACAGAUUGGAAACAUAUCGAAUGGCUUACCAGCAACGGAGCCCGAAUCGGAUGCGAUUACGCCGGUGUCGUGGAAGAGGUUGGAAGCGCAGUUACCAAGAACUUCAAGAAGGGCGAUCGUGUCUGUGGAUUCUGCCACGGAGGAAACGAGGUGAACCACGAGGAUGGAGCCUUCGGAAACUACAUUACCGUAAAGGGUGAUGUUCAAAUCAAAAUCCCAGACAACCUAAGCUUCGAGGAGGCAUCCACCCUCGGUGUCGGAAUCACCACCGUCGGCCAAGGCCUCCACCAAUCCCUCCUACUCCCACUCGCUACAAACCCCAGCUCCACCAAAUUCCCCAUCCUCAUCUACGGCGGAUCCACCGCCACCGGCGCUCUCGCCAUCCAAUUCGCCAAGCUCUCCGGCCUCGACGUAAUCACCACCUGUUCCCCCCACAACUUCGCGUACGUGACGCGCCUCGGCGCCACCAAGGCCUUCGACUACAACUCGCCCACCUGCGCCCAGGACAUCAAGGAAUACACGCACGACAACCUCAAGCACGCCUUUGACUGCGUGUCCGAGGCCUCGAGCCCGCAAAUCACCGUCGCUGCCAUGUCUUCUGCCGGUGGCACCUACAGCACGCUACUUCCCGUUGCUACCGAAGUCGUGCAUGCUAUUAACAAGAAUGUGGUAAAUAAAGCUACCUUGGGAUAUACCGCCGUAGGCGAAUCCUUCAAAUUUGGCCCCGCGGAAUUCCCGGCCAAACCGGAUGAUUUUGAGUUCGCAAAGAUGUUCUGGGAGAUGUCCAGGGAGCUGUUGGCGCUAGGAAAGAUUAAGGUUCAUACCCCUACCGUGAACAAGUAUGGAGAAGGCUUCGAGGGGAUUUUGAAUGGAAUGCAGGCUAUGAAGGAGGGCAAGGUCAGUGGUGAAAAGUUGGUUUAUACUUUGUAA